AUGAGUGGCGAAGACAUUGAAGUUGAUAGUACAGUUUUUCCUCUAAGAUCUAAGAAACGGAAAUCUCAUAGACGUAUGAAGAACGUUGCUAAGUUAUUAAAACUACGAAGCCAUGAAACAGGCCCAAGUUGUAAUUGUACUAGAUUUAAGUGUUUUGAAAAUGUCACCGAAAGAGAGAGGUUGCAAAUUAUUAAACAGUUUAAUGAACAUGAUGAACAAAAUUUGUAUUUGACUGGCUUAAUUUCACAUGCCCCCAUUAAACGACACCGAAGUAGAAAGAAUAAUGAUGAAGAUUUUGAAUAUCACUCAUAUUCGUACACAUACAAAAUUCGUGUUCAACGAGAUAAUACAGCUAUAGAAGUGCCAAUAUGUUAUAAAGCUAUGCUUUCUAUGCAUGAAAUAUCUGCGAAUCGGCAACAGAAUAUCCAGCAGCACUUAACCACUUUUGGACAUUAA